GUGUUGUGGAAGUGGGGGGAGGGGGAACGGAAGGAAGAACCCGGCUCGGGCGCCUGUGAGUAGCCGGUGCCCCGCGUCGGCGUCUGGGGGCCCGGGAGGGGCGGGAGCUUGCGCCUCCGAGCCGGGCGGCGUGCGGGCAGCUCGGCGGGCGGAGGCCGCGAUAGGCCCCGGCGGGACGGCGCCUUGAGCGAGGGGCCCCUCCGGGAGCGCGGGGGCUUCUUCGGGCUCGACGACCACUGCCGUCAUCCGCGGCCUAGGCGGUCUUUGGGCCGCGCUGCCGGUCGCCGCCUUCCGGCUGCGGAGACCGCGGGGCUGCUGCUGGGCGCGCAGGGCCGGCCGGAGGGCUCCCGGGGCCUGCCGGAGGGCUCGUUUUUCCCUCUCGCCGAGCCGCUCCCUGUCCCGGGGCCGUGCCCGGGCCCUCCUCACCUCAGCGGGCCCUCGCUGCCUCGAGCGCCUCUCGUUCUGGUCUCUGUGCCAAAACUGUGCCAACCUUCGCGCGCUUUGAUUUUUUUUUUUUCCCCAAAGCGUCCAGUAUCGCUUUUGUCCAACAGCGUUUGGCCUUAGCUAGUGCUCAGGGUGCGUGACGUCCACGUUUCCAGAAACUGAGGUGACAGGAGGGUGGUGCUGCAGUUCGUAUCUCAAGGCUUAGAUGUUAUAACUCAGCUCCUGCCUUAUCAAGCAACCAUGUCAGAAGGGGACAGUAUUGGUGAGUCAGUUCAUGGAAAGCCUUCUGUCGUCUAUAGAUUUUUCUCAAGACUUGGACAGAUCUACCAAUCCUGGCUAGACAAAUCUACUCCAUAUACUGCAGUGCGAUGGAUUGUAACUUUGGGUCUGAGUUUUAUCUACAUGAUUAGAGUUUAUUUACUGCAGGGUUGGUACAUUGUGACAUAUGCCUUGGGAAUCUACCAUCUAAAUCUCUUCAUAGCUUUCUUGUCGCCAAAGGUAGACCCCUCUUUAAUGGAAGAUUCAGAUGAUGGUCCUUCCUUACCUACAAGGCAAAAUGAAGAAUUUCGGCCUUUCAUUAGAAGGCUCCCAGAGUUUAAAUUCUGGCACUCUGCCACUAAAGGAAUCCUGGUUGCUAUGGCAUGUACGUUCUUCGAGGCUUUCAACGUUCCUGUUUUUUGGCCAAUCCUUGUGAUGUACUUCAUUAUGCUAUUUUGUAUCACUAUGAAGAGGCAAAUCAAGCACAUGAUAAAGUACAGAUAUAUACCCUUCACACAUGGCAAGAGGAAAUACAAAGGGAAAGAAGAUGUGGGAAAGACCUUUGCUAGCUAGAAGAUGCAAUCAACCUGUUGACCAAUUCUACUUCUAACUAAAGGAACGAUUUUGAGCCAUUGUAACAAUGCCUUUUUUCUUCAUAAAAAAUUAUUAACAGAGUGGUGACAAAGCAGUUGAAUUUUCAUUUUAAGAGGAUCUUGCUAUUUUUAUCUGAAAUAUCAGUUUCUUGAAGAAACUGGCAUUCUAACCAAAUUGCAUUGAGUUUAUUAUCUUUUGUAAGAAGUUGGAGAAACUUUGAUUAAUCCCGUGGAUUUGGGAUAACGUAUUUCUUUCAAGAUCCAUUGCACUGGAGAGAUUAACGGCUUAAGAGCUGGAUAUUUUUACGUAGUUCUCCUGUUCACUAUCACCCUGAAGUGCUGUGCACAUAUGCGGAGGAAAAAUGUAAGAUGGCACACGUGAUGCUGUUUUCUGCUUCAUGGGUGUGUGCUGUUUUCAUAGAAAAAUUCAGUAGACCUAAAAAAUGCAGAACUUCAGUUUCCUAAAUGCAUUUCCUAAAUGCAUGGUAUUACCGACUUAUAACCAAACAAAUAUAUAUGGGAAUAAGAAAUUUACUAAAUUAUGGGGUUUGCAGUAGGGAAAAAAUACUCACAUAGCUUCUAAAGUAACUCAUUUGUGUUGGGUUUUAAUGCCAGUUUCACCUUACAUCUCCUAGCAGAUGCUAAAAUUGGGCUUUUUCAUGAUGACUCAAAACUUUGUUCAACCUCUAUCACAAUUUCCUUUGAGGACCUGGAAUUAUAAAUAUAUAUAUUUUAAUUGUUAUUAGUUGGAGUUUCUUUCAUACUUAAGGGUUUCUUGAUUAAUUUAAGCUGACUUCAUGCAGCCCCUUCAGAAUAUACCCAAACUGGCCAGAGCAGAAAAACGGUGUGGGUUUUAACACAGAUUUUCAUUUUCUAUGGGAAAAAUAAAGCAGAGAUAAAUGACCUGCAUGUAAACUUUUUCAUGUGAUACAACUGCAGUUUUAUUAAGUGACUUUUUAAUUCCAAAAUUUAUUAAAAGACAGUGUCCCCCUUUACUUGUUCUCUAUCUUUAUAUACAUAUAUUGAUCUAACAGUAUUUAUGACUCCUUUUCAAUAACGGUUACCCUCAUUUUAUCUUCAUGCAAUGCCUUUUUCAACUCUUCAGGGAGCAUUCACUUGCAGAAAGUAGGAAAAGAUUAGCUCUUUGAAGAUUCUGAAUGGAGAAUAGUGACAACUUCAACAGACAGCUAACCGGAAAAAAUGUAUGUAGGAACCCUUUCAUCUGAUUUUGUCAAAUGAAGUCAUUAUGGAGCUCUGGAAUCAGUCUUCAGUCAUCCUGGGGAAAUGACAGGUAGUUUUAGUUUGCAUUGACCUAUUGUUUUUUGUUUGUUUGUGUGUGUUUUAUUAGCAGUGUGGAAACCAAUAAUGUCAAAAUUUAAAAUUAUGGGAACACAGUAUCCAGAAAGGGCCUUAUAAAAGUACCAGUCAUGGAUGCUUGCAGUUCGUUGCAUAAAAAUCUGAAAGCCCUGACUUGGAGAAGCUGCCUUCAACUUUGCUGGAGUUUCUGAAUAAUAUGGGCAAAUCAGGGAGAGAAUAUGAUGUUUAUUAAUGUUAAAAUUAGCAACUAGGAUGACUCCUACUAAACAACAGAGUGUUAAUGACAUGCAUUGCAAAUUAGACAUUUUUACCUCCACUUAAUUUUGAACUUAGUGGCAGCUUGAGGUUAAUGCCUUCUCAUUCUUAGGUGGGCAUAGAUGCUCUGCAUUCAGUGGGAUUAACAGGUUUGAAAUAUGGAUUGUAGAUGAUGUUGGGACAAUGGUGUAGUUCCCUAGCUGACUCUUGGCAUGCAACGGCCAGCCAAGUUUGAUGGCAUUUUGUGAAACUUUUGCUCUAUUUUUAUCACUUAAAAGUGCUAAAAAUUAAUGUGUGAAAAACUUGGCUUGACAACUUCACAGAUACUUUGCAGUCAUCAAUUGCUUCUUAUUUGUUUCUAUGUGCACCUAAAUGUUUUUCCUUAGUAAGGAGAUCAGGCAGUGAUUUUCUUAGGUAGUCAUGUUUUGAUUCAUGAUAUGGACCUUUUUUCUUUCACUGUUGCCUUGACAGUUUUAAAUAGGUGAGGGAUGCCUGAAAGGUUUCUGGUGUAAGAAAGGGAUGGUAUUACAGCUCUGGAAAUCGCUUUUGUUACAGUAAUGAUGAUGUGUUACCAGCAACUAUUUUUUCUGGCAUUUGUAGAUAUGAUGAAAAGUUAAACUAUUAGAGUUUUUGUGACAACACUCGGAGAUUUAAUUGUUAACUAGCUAACCAGGAUCUCUGCAGUACAAAUAACCAUCUUAAACAAAGUGCUCUUACUGUAGCACGCUUCCCACUGCCACCCCAAGUCCAUAUUCAGUGCCAUUUGUGAAAGAUUUAUUGAAACUGUAACUCACGAUCCACAGAGUGGAUCAUCUGGCUUUUGCUUCCCAUCUGUAUUUAAAGAAUACAAAUAAAUUCAUCUUGUACACUUUC